AUGUAUCGCAUUGUCCAUACGUUGUAUUGUACCGCUGUGCCUGAGCAUUGCAUCGUGGUGUUGUUAAGACGUCUCAACAUCAGGACGAUAUACCUCGGGUUGAGAGAUACCUCGAGGAACGCCAGGUUCGUUCGCAAUUGCGAACGAACAGCAAACGGAAGAGGAGAAGUGUCCCCUCUUCCUGCCCCUCGGCCGGUCUUUGCCCCGUUACAUUCCCAUUCCAUUCUGGUCUCGUCUCCCAAUCUUUUGCUGGCCUGCUCUCUACAUCCCGCCCUGCCCUGCCCUAUCCAAACUUCUUAG